AUGGAAAAUGAUAUUUUUGAAAAAAACCGAAAUGUACUUGAAAGAAUAUAUUUAAACAAACAUGUAGUUGUACAUCCAAUAGUUUUACUAUCAGUUGUUGAUCAUUAUAAUCGUAUUGCAAGUAAUACAAAAAAAAGAGUCUUAGGAACAAUACUUGGAGAAAAAAUUGAUGGUGUAGUACAUAUUACUAAUAGCUAUGCACUUCCUUUUGAAGAAGAUAUAAAAGAUAUCAAUAUUUUUUAUAUUGAUGAUAAUUAUAAUGAAAAUCUUUUUAAUAUGAUAAGAAAAAUUAAUACAAAAGAAAAAAUCGUUGGAUGGUAUACUACAGGAUCCAAUAUUAAACCAAAUGAUAUUUUUAUUAAUGAAAUCUUUUAUAAAUAUCAUCACGCACCUAUAUUCCUACUUGUCAAUGUUCAUACUGAUCAAAGCAUAUUUCCAGUUAAUGCAUACGUAGCUAUUGAAAAGGCUAUACAUGAAAAUAAAUUCAGAAAAACAUUCAUACAUAUACCAGUUAAAAUAGGAGCUUUUGAGGCUGAAGAUGUGGGUGUUGAAUUUUUACUAAAAGAAUUAAAGAGCGUUUCAACUUCAACCUUAGCCACAAAAGUAGGUGAUAAGUUAUCGUCUUUAAAAAGUCUGAUAGGGAAAUUAUAUGAAAUAUCAGCUUAUUUGAAUGAUAUAUUAAAUGGAAAUAUUGAAAUGAAUAUAAAAAUAUUAUACAAUUUACAAAAUGUCUUUAGUCUUUUACCUGAUAUUGAAAACGUGGAUUUAGUACAGGCAUUUAUGGUUAAAAAUAAUGACUUAAUGUUAAAUAUAUAUAUAGGUAGUAUAACUAGAUCUGUUAUAGCUCUUCAUAAUUUAAUCAAUAAUAAAAUUGAGAAUAAGUUGAAUUCAGAAAAAAAAAAAUCUUUAGAGAAUGAUAUAGAAAAGGACAAAGCAAAAGAUAAAGAAAAGGAAAAGGAUAAGGAAAAAGAAAAAGAAAAUGAUAAAGAGAAGGAUAAGAUAAAAAAGGAGAAGAAAAAUUAA